AUGUCGAGCUCGCAAGUACAUUCGGGCGCGGAGCUCGAAGAGAUCUCGCCAGAGAUCAUUGGAUUCUCUCCAUUCAGCGCUGGUCUCGAAGGCCCCAAAACACUCAAGCUUCUCCCUUCACCGUGGCCCACAACCAACCUCCCUCCAGCUUCCGCAUCACUGCUGAGUGUUGGAUCAAGACGUGGGCUUCUAGCAGCAGCCUCCCCAGACAAGCUUGUCAUUGCUUCGACACAGAAGAUCCGCAAGGCUUUCCAAGAGAAAUCGGCAGAAAAAGAUGUCGUGACCAGCUUUAUACCUGAUGCGACGCUACCGGUGCCGCAGCUACGCCAAGUAGCAUUCUCUGCGGACGAAGACUUCCUCGUGACGAGCGCAGAAAACCGUGGUGGGCUGUCAGUAUACUCGUUGGAUGACUUGCUGAAAGGCAAUACACAACCCGGAGUACAGAUCCCCACGGAAAACAGCCCCGUUCGAGCCCUUCUACCGAAUCCUGCUGCGGAACAAGCACAUUAUAUGGCCGUAAUACUGGACUCAGGCCGAUUAGACAUAACAGACAUCACAACGGGAAACGCGAGAACCGUCCAUAGUGUGGGUGUCACAUGUGCUUCGUGGAGCUUGAAAGGAAAGGCGUUCGUGGCCGGCUUCGAGGAUGGCACUGCUUCAAUCCACCUAGUCAGCUCCCUUGAUCAGGUCAAGGGUCGAGUGCCUCGUCCGCCUGAGGUUGGCGAGAAUUACGAAGUGUCGGCAGUCAACUGGUUGAAAAAUGAGGAGCUCUUUCUAAUAUACUCCCCCCCAGCAAACAGCGGGGAUGACACACUGUACUAUUUCGUUACUACCAACAAGACAUACAGCAGCUUUACAUUCCGCAGAACGCCCUUCGAAUUGAUCUUUGCCAGCAUGGACGGGCCGGCACGCAAACCUCCACCUCGCUUUUCCAUGCAGCGACUCCGAAAAUGGGAACCUGAUCUGGACGACAUGAUCAUUGUUACCGCUGCUAACUCCGCAGAUGUUGGGGUGGUUUUGCGUUCUCCGAAACCGCUAGAUCCAGCAGUAACUACCGUCAAUGAGUUCCAAAUGACCAACCUUGCGGAUCACAGGAAACCAACAGUUCCAAGGAAUCAUGAAAAAACGGCAGACAGUGCUCUGAUCGGAGAAGCGCUGGAUCUGUCAGCCAAGGAGAAGGCACCACAACCCAGUCGCCGGCUCGAGGAGAUCUCUGAAUCGCCUACACCUCUACCAGCAUAUUUCCUGCUCACACACGAAGGAUUGUUGGCCGGGUGGUGGGUCGUUUGGGACAAAGCGCUUGAAGCUCGGACCGCGUAUCAAGGCAUGGUUAUCAACGAAACAGCACCGGCGGCUCCCACGUCUCAAUCACCUCAGCCAUCACUCUCCAUGUUCGGACAGGCCACGCUGGCCCAGAGCUCUUCAUUCGAAAACCCACAAGCAACACCAGCUUUUGGAAAACCAUCUUUUGGCGCACCAGCCUUUGGAAGCCCGUCGGCUCCUGCUGGCAGUGUAGGCUUCGGCAAGCCCAGCUUUCCAAGCACUACACCGUCCGCUGCGCCGGCGUUUGGAACACCCGGACUUGGGGGCCAGAAGUCGCUUUUCGGAACACCUUCACAGAUAUCUUCAAAGCCAAAUCCAUUCGGUUCUGGAGGAUCGGCCUCACAACCUUCUAAAAUAGCCAAUCCUUUUGCAGCUGGUGGCUCUGCCUCACAAAACGACAAACCAAAUCCAUUUGCUGCCGCUGCAGCUAAAUUUGGCGGUGGAUCUCCUGGGGGCGCGUCCCCUUUCUCCAGCUUCAGUAGUAACAAGGACGGCCAGUCAGGGUUCGGCGGUCUUGGUCAAAAACCGGCAUCAGGUUUUGGCGGCCUCGAGCAGAAGCCGCUAUCCAGCUUUGGCUCAACAGUCACAGUGGACUCGAAAGCAACGGGUACAGGUUCCACACUACCUUCCUUGGGCAAUACACCUGCGCAACAAAACAGCUCCCUGUUCGGGUCUGAUGCAGCCUCGUCUUUUCCAUCUUUCACAUCCACGCAGUCGGGUUCAACAGACGUAGGCAACCGAGGAAGGGAUGAAGCGACCCCCACUCCUCAGCCUCAGCCACAUCUUAAGGAAAUAGCUGGAGUCUUCGGUGGAAAAUUUGAACUCAAAAGCAGUUUCAAGGGUGACGGAUCUGCGAAGGAUGAUCUACCUAAGCCCGACGCAUCAUCUGAGAGCCCGCUCUUCGGCAAUGGCUUUGGUUCCGCAUUAACCAGCGCGAAUUCGAAGCCGCCCGAGACCCCAGCCAAAGAUGCAAAUAAGGCCCCGCUGUUCGCUUCCACUACUCCAGCAACCGCACCUAGGCCCUCGAAUGGACUCUUUGGAAUGAGGGCAGAUAGUGCAACUCCCAAAGCUGCUCCACCACAAGAAGCCAUACCAGAAGAGGCACCUUUGCCUCCAGCCUGGCCAAUUACCAACCCAUCCAAGACGGACGAUGAGAUCCCUCCGCUAGCUGGCAGCCCUCCCGUCAAGAUUGAGGCUCCAUCUUCGUCAGGUGACAUGGAUGAGAUUCCAUCGUCUCCCUUAGAGGACGAUGAAGAUGAAGAUUUGAGCAACCCAGAUGAUGAGGAAGAAGAAGAAGAGCUUUCCGAAGAGGAAGAGCAGACGGGCGAUGAAGAUUCAGAAACAGCGGUACCAUCACAUGUAGGGCAAACUCCACAGCAACCUAAAUCUAGUCUAUUCGGGGCCAACGCGGCACCUAUCGUUUUUCCUGCUGCACCAACGCCUCCGCCCCAGAAGAUCGAAAGGCAUCCUCCAAAGCAGAACCUGUCAUCAAGUUCAAUGUUUAGCGGGACGCGACGGGAUCCGUUGACCUCAUCAGCUCGGCCACCAUCUAAGCCACCUACGCCUCAGCCUAUCUUCUCGGACCUUGUGGACGACGAGGACGAGCGGAUACGACAUGAACUUGAAGCCGAAAUUGAGCCUACUAGGACGUUGGCGCCAUUUAUCGCUCGACAAGAGUACACCGAAGCCGCAUUGAACAAAACCGGUCAUGCUGCCCAGAUCGAGAUCGUGUACCGGGACAUCAACAGCAUGGUAGACACACUGGGGCUGAAUUCGCGAUCGCUACAGGCAUUCAUCGACUUCCACGAGCAGCCGCAGCGAGAUUCUCAGCUUGAUCGCUCGGCGUUAGAAGAGGUGCUAGAUGAAGGGCAAGAUGGGCCGUGGUUCGAGAAGUGGUCUCUUUGUGAGAUCGAAGAUCUCAUAGACCUGGAAGGCCAAAUCGCACACGAGCUGAGCACAGGUGGCAUCGGCAAGGUCGUCGACAAGCUCAGCAAAUCCGUCCGCUUGAUCCAGGAAAAUGCAAAACUACAGUCCAAAGUCAACGAUGAGCGGAGACGCAUCAUCAACAGCAAGGAUCCCGAGAAACUCGAGGCGCUCCGCAAGGCCGCGCUGCCGAAGGAGCUUGCAGACCAGCAAAAGCAACUGAGGAAAGACUAUGCCCAGUUGUUAACGCAGCUCGGCAAGGCGGAGGACGCGCUGAUUCUCCUCCGGAGCAAGCUCGCGUCGCAUAAUGCGAAGAAUGGACACAUGGGCGCGGUGCCGAGUGUGGAGGCUGUCAAGAAGACGAUUAAUAAGCUCAUCGAUAUCACGAAGGAGAAGAAUCACGACAUCACGCUCCUAGAAUCACAGCUCCGCAAGGCCAGCCUCACAGAAACCAGCAGACCGGUCUCCGCAUCGUCACGCACUGCUGCUACACCCCUGCGUAAGUCUCGAGCGGUUAGGAACGAGACAGUGUUUGCCACCCCGCCCACAUCUAAGAGCAUGAGCUUGAGGCAGCUGAACCAAGUCGCGAUGACACCAGAGCAGUCUGACACGCCUAGUAAGGGAUAUGGAUUGUUCUACACGCCGGAGGGAAGCCCUUCGGGCUGCAGGAACUUGGCCAGUCUCGCGGAUAUGGUGGAUGACGAUUUGGAGAGGCUGAGGGAGACGGCGAAGAGAAGGAGAGACAUCGCGGCCAGUCUGGCGACGGCGCUGAAGGAUCGGGGGGUAAAGAAGACAGUUGUGGCGUAG